AUGGGUUCGAAAUCAGAGACAAAGGAAGUAUUAAUUACAUGUUUAUGCAAAGUCAAUAGAAUAGACACCAAGUUUGGAUGGUACUAUGUUGGGUGUCUUACAUGCAAGGCGAAGGUUAAGAUUAUAGGAGGAUCUUUUUGGUGUGAACGUUGUAAAGUGAAACCUAAACAUUCUGUACCAAGGUAUAAGAUACAAUUAGAAGUAUCCGAUAUAACUGAUUCAGCAACAUUUGUUGUGUUUGACAAAGAGGCUGAAAAACUUAUAGGCAAGACAGCAAACGAACUUGCAAACAUGCAAGAUGAGGAUUUGAAUGACAAUAUGUUACCAAGAGAAAUUGAAAAAAUUGUUUCCCAAGAGCAUAUAUUUCAAUUGCGGCUUAAUGAUUAUAAUUUGAUAAGAGGAUCGGAGAAUUAUACUGUUUCAAGAAUCUUUGAAUCACAUGUUUCAAAUAUCCAAAAGGAAACUCCAUUAAAUCAACACAUGCCUCUAAUUAUAACACUUGAGGGGUCCAGCUCUGAAAAUGAAGAUGAACAAAUCUUCACUCAAAGUUCUUCCAUGUCUUUUUCCUUACCUAUUGAAGAUAUAGAAAUAGUCGAUGAUGAUGAUGACGACAACAUUCCGAUCAAAUUGCUUUGCAAAAGAAAGCGACAUACUCAACACAAGAGUUUGAUCAACAAAAAGUUUCAAAACAUUGAUUGA